AUGCCUGCUGUUGAGGGUGGUGCAGAGUUUGAGAAGCUGACACGCCGUCAUGCUGUCAAACUUAUACCGACUGUGAAUUGUUCGGUGGAGGAAGCUGUUUUGGCUGUAGGAGAGGUGGUGGGCUGUGACAGCGUGAAAUCUGCCUCCCGUAUGAACGGUGCGAUUGUUAUUUUUCUUGAUAAGGUACCUAAAGUUAAUGAGUUGGUGGAAAGCGGCGUUGUCAUUCACGACACCUUUACGCCCGUUCUCCCGUUGGUUAGCCCUGCUAAAAAGGUUACCAUCUCAAAUGCGCCUCCUUUUAUUAAAAAUGAAACUUUAGCCAAGGAGCUGUCACGCUAUGGCCAACUAGUUUCGCCCAUAAGGAUGGUCUCUUUGGGGUGCAAAUCUGUGCUCCUCAAACAUGUUGUGUGUCACAGAAGGCAGGUUUUUAUGAUCCUCAAAGACCCCGCUGGCAAGCUGAACCUGUCUUUCAGUUUCAAAAUAGAGGGUUUCAACUACAUGGUGUUUGCUUCAUCUGAGAGCAUGAAAUGUUUUGGUUGUGGUGGAGAAGGGCAUUUAAUUCGCUCCUGUCCGGAGAGGCUAAGAAACGCACAGCCAGCAGAUGAUGCCGUUGGAGAGCAGGUCCCAGCCAGGGCUCCUGGUAGGGAAACGGCGAUCGCUCAUGCGAAACCCGCUGAGACCGUGGGCGGCUCCGCUGAGACCGCUGGCGGCUCCGCUGUAGCUGAGGCGGACCCCGCUGCCGAGGCGCCGGUGGAAAACCGGCUUUUUCUGAGCAGUAACGGGUCUGAUGAAACUGGCAUUUUGAAAAGUGUUGAUGGUGUAGAAACGGAUCUGACUAAUGACCAGUCUGCUGGUUUUUCUGACACCAGUCAGACAGCUGACACGACUCUUGAGUCUGUGUGUGAUGAUCUUUGUGAGGAUGACAACAUGCUUGAUGAGGAUUUGCUGAAGUUGUCUCAAAAGAGGAAGAGCUCUGAACCUGCCCACUUCCCUCCCUCUAAAAGCACUCUGUGUGGGGAACAUGAGAGCCAGACCAAAGCUCAGAGGAACCAGCCUGGACCUGAACCUGAUUCAGACUCUGAUUCAGAUUCCAGCUCUGUGUCCUUCAAGAGUUGCCGGUCUAGAACUUCCCCCAUUGAUUUUAAAGUCUCUGCUGCAGAGAGAGGUCAGAGGUCACAGUCUGCAGGGUCCAGCUGUCCGUCUGUGAGGAGUGACCGGUCCAAACCUGAACCUCCAUUCUUCAGUGUUGAACCUGGACCAGCGAGAGUGGACCAGCAGAGCUCAGAGGUUCCCAGUGGUCAGUCUGCCCAGCAGCAUCAAACACAGCUGGACUCCAUAUUUAUGCUGCUGGAGGACAACAUCAUCACUUUUGUGAAGAACGAGCUGAAGAAGAUCCAGAAGGUUCUGAGUCCAGAUUACCCAGAAUGCUUAGAGAGUCAGAGGAGCAGCAGCAGAGAGGCAUUUGUGAAGAUCACAGUGGACUUCCUGAGGAGAAUGAAGCAGGAGGAGCUGGCUGACCGUCUGCAGAGCAAGCACCUUGAUGCCAUUUGUCAGCAUAACCUUAAGUCUGCUCUGAAGAAGAAGUUCGAGUGUGUGUUUGAGGGCAUCGCUAAAGCAGGAAACCCAACCCUUCUGAAUCAGAUCUACACAGAGCUCUACAUCACAGAGGGAGGGACUGCAGAGGUCAAUAAUGAACAUGAGGUCAGACAGAUUGAAACAGCAUCCAGGAAACCAGACAGACCAGAAACAACAAUCAGACAAGAAGACAUCUUUAAAGCCUCACCUGGAAGAGAUGAACCAAUCAGAACAGUGCUGACAAAGGGAGUGGCUGGCAUUGGGAAAACAGUCCUAACACAGAAAUACAGCCUGGACUGGGCUGAAGACAAAGCCAACCAGGACAUCCAGUUCAUAUUUCCAUUCACUUUCAGAGAGCUGAAUGUGCUGAAAGAGGAAAAGUUCAGCUUGGUGGAACUUGUUCAUCACUUCUUUACUGAAACCAAAGAAGCAGGAAUCUGCAGCUUUGAAGACUUCCAGGUUGUGUUCAUCUUUGAUGGUCUGGAUGAGUGUCGACCUCCUCUGGACUUCCACAAAACUACAAUCCUAACUGACCCUAGAAAGUCCACCUCAGUGGAUGUGCUGCUGAUAAACCUCAUCAGGGGGAAACUGUUUCCCUCUGCUCGCCUCUGGAUAACCACACGACCUGCAGCAGCCAAUCAGAUCCCUCCUGACUGUGUUGACAUGGUGACAGAGGUCAGAGGGUUCACUGACCCACAGAAGGAGGAGUACUUCAGGAAGAGAUUCAUGGAUGAGGAGCAGGCCAGCAGCAUCAUCUCUCACAUCAAGACAUCACGAAGCCUCCACAUCAUGUGUCACAUCCCAGUCUUCUGCUGGAUCACUGCUACAGUUCUGGAGGAUGUGCUGGAAACCAGAGAGGGAGGACAGCUGCCCACGACCCUGACUGAGAUGUACAUCCACUUCCUGGUGGUUCAGGCCAAAGUGAAGAAGGUCAAGUAUGAUGGAGGAGCUGAGACAGAUCCACACUGGAGUCCAGAGAGCAGGAAAAUGAUUGAGUCUCUGGGAAAACUGGCUUUUGAUCAGCUGCAGAAAGGAAACCUGAUCUUCUAUGAAUCAGACCUGACAGAGUGUGGCAUCGAUAUCAGAGCAGCCUCAGUGUACUCAGGAGUGUUCACACAGAUCUUUAAAGAGGAGAGAGGACUGUACCAGGACAAGGUGUUCUGCUUCAUCCAUCUGAGUGUUCAGGAGUUUCUGGCAGCUCUUCAUGUCCAUCUGACCUUCAUCAACUCUGGACUCAAUCUGCUGGAAGAACAAAAAACAACCUUCCAGAAGUCAGAAACAAGAGAAUCUGGAGAAACACACUACUACCAGAGUGCUGUGGACAAGGCCUUACAGAGUCCAAAUGGACACCUGGACUUGUUCCUCCGCUUCCUCCUGGGUCUUUCACUGCAGACCAAUCGGAAUCUCCUACAAGGCCUGCUGACACAGACAGGAAGUAGCUCACAGACCAAUCAGGAAACAGUCCAGUACAUCAAGGAGAAGCUCAGUGAGAAUCUGUCUGCAGAGAAAAGCAUCAGUCUGUUCCACUGUCUGAAUGAACUGAAUGAUCGUUCUCUAGUGGAGGAGAUCCAACAGUCCCUGAGAUCAGGAAGUCUCUCCACAGAUAAACUGUCUCCUGCUCAGUGGUCAGCUCUGGUCUUCAUCUUACUGUCAUCAGAAAAAGAUCUGGAUGUGUUUGACCUGAAGAAAUACUCUGCUUCAGAAGAGGCUCUUCUGAGGCUGCUGCCAGUGGUCAAAGCCUCCAACAAAGCUCUACUGAGUGGCUGUAACCUCUCAGAGAGAAGCCUUGAAACCCUGUCCUCAGUUGUUAGCUCUCAGUCCUCUAGUCUGAAAGAGCUGGACCUGAGUAACAAUAACCUACAGGGUUCAGGAGUGAAGCUUCUGUGCGUUGGGAUAGGAAGUCAACACUGCAAACUAGAAACUCUAAGGCUAAGUGGCUGUAACCUCUCAGAGACAAGUUGUGAAGCUCUGUCCUUAGUCCUCAGUUCCCAAUCAUCUAGUCUGAGAGAACUUGACCUGAGUAACAACAACCUGCGGGAUUCAGGGUUGAAGAUGCUCAACACUCCAAACUCGACAAUUAUCAGGGUGGAGCCUGCUGGAGUCCGAUGGUUGAGACCAGGUUUGAGGAAGUAUUCCUGUCAACUCACAAUCGACACAAACACAGUACACAGAAACCUCAAACUAUCCGACAACAACAGGAAGGUGACAUAUGUGAAGGAGGUUCAGUCAUAUCCUGAUCAUCCAGAGACAUUUGAUGUUUAUCCUCAGCUGCUGUGUAGAAAUGGUCUGACUGGUCGCUGUUACUGGGAGGUCGAGUGGAGAGGAAGAGUUGAGAUAUCAGUGAGUUACAGAAGAAUCAGAAGGAAAGAACGCACUAAUGACUGUUUGUUUGGACGGAAUGAUCAUUCCUGGAGUCUGAACUGCUCUGAUGGAUUAGGUUACUCUGUCUGGCACAAUAAUAGACAAACAUCUAUCUCCUCCUCCUCCUCCUCCUCCUCCUCCUCCUCCUCCUCCUCCUCUGUCUCUAACAGAGUAGCAGUGUAUGUGGACUGUCCUGCUGGCUCUCUGUCCUUCUACAGAGUCUCCUCUGACACUCUGAUCCACCUCCACACCUUCAACACCACAUUCACUCAAACUCUUUAUCCUGGAUUUAAUAUUUGGCCUGGUUCGUCAGUGUCCCUGUGCUGAGUGGAGUGUAAAGAGUGUCUCCUGUUAGAGAAACACUCUGACCGUUGAACAGAUAGUUCAGUUUGUACAUGUCUGUCUCUUUCAUUCAGAAA